GUAGCGCAUAAUACUUAGAGAACCAUCUUAGCCGUCGGUGCCGGCGCGUCUGAGCGGGAAACGAUCGCACAGUAUAAGAGGCAAACAGCUUUGCCAUGACUGGCUUCAUUGCGUUUGCAAGUAUUGAUGAGGAAACAUAGCAACUAUUUCCAAAAGCUGUAAUUCUUCAAAACUGCUAUAUAAAGAUGGCAAAUAGGUUUGAACUCUUAUGAUUCGGGUGUCUUGAAAAUGUCAAGGGACGAAAAGAGCGACUGACUUUGAUAUGCUUGACCUGCAUCGGUUUUUAGAGGAAAGUUCUAUUUAUAAUGUUUCACUCACAGAGCUAAAGUAUUCUUAAAGAAAGAGAGUCGCCACAAUAACUUAUUUAAAGAGAUCAUGAAUUAUUCAAAAGUUUUGUCGUCAUCAUCUUUUCCACAAUAAGUAACAGACCUUCUCGAGAACCCAGAUUGGAGUCUUCCCAGGAUCUUGAGACAGUCUUAAAAUCAGUAGAGUGGGGACCUUAGAAAAGCAACCUCCAUUUCUUCAAGAACGAAAUGAUUACGUUCUGCAGGGCUGUACUCCUGUUGCUCACCCUAUUCCUGAGGGUGAGAGGAGAAGAAUUCAACAGCUUCGAAGAUGAAGAAUUCAUCCUGAAUGAAACCAAGCGAAUGCACUUUGGAACUAUUAAUUCAGAACGUCUGCAGUCACUGAAUUUUCUUGAAACUAUAAAAAUUCCUUUUACCUCCUCAAUGGUGUACUUUGUCGAUGGCCUAGAUGGUUUUCCCGCUUUUGGAUUCAAAGAGAAGUCCGAGAUCAGAGCUCCCUAUCGGCUGUAUCUCCCAAAAAAGAUGUUUCGUGACUUUUCUAUUUUAGCAACUAUUAAACCCGAACGCCGAGAACCAUCAGGAGGCUACCUGUUUGCUGUUGUUAAUCCUUCGGAGACGAUUAUCCAGCUGGGAGUACACAUAGUGGAAUCAUACGAUAACUUUGUAAACAUAAGUCUGUACUACACCGAUGUCACAAUGCACCUGUCCUCUCAAAUUCUGGCCACGUUUACUGUUCCAGAUUUUAUUGGGCGCUGGAGAAAGUUUGCGUUGAAGGUGUACGACAACACUGUUAGUUUAUAUUUUCAAUGUGAAGAGUUUGGCCAGGUCGAGAACAACCGAAUCCCUAAAGAACUCGUUUUUGACAGUGCCUCUACGCUCUAUGUCGGACAGGCUGGACAGCUGAUUGGUGGAGCGUAUGUUGGAGCUCUUCAACAGCUGAACAUCUAUAACAGUCCUGAAUUAGCAGAAGUGCAGUGUGAAGACAACUUUAGGGGUUUUGGAAGUGGCGACUUCUUCGGACGUGGAGACAUAGAUAUUGAUGAAUUCGAAGACAUUUUUGAUGAUGAUGAAGAUGUAUCAUUAACUCCUGAAGAGGGAAGUGGAUCUGAUUAUCAAGGUCCUCCUCCUCUUAUUACUCCACCACCUCCAGGACCAGGAGUAUUAGGUAUUGGAGAAAUAGGGCAACCUGGGCCACAGGGACCACCAGGUCUUCCAGGACCAAAGGGGGAACCAGGAAAAGAUGGUCAACCUGGUCAGAAAGGGGAACCUGGACAGGUGGUCAGCAAGUAUCCUUCAUUUAAAGUUACAAAUGGUUCUAAAGGAGAGAAAGGUGUACGUGGAGAUGUUGGAUUACCAGGACCACGUGGACCUAAGGGUGAUCAGUACAACAAACCUUGCAUGACAAGUUCUUUCACACACCCAGAUGGCAGUGGAAUUGGAAGCUGGAGUCCCAUAGAUCUAGGAUCGGGAGAGCAAGACAACUUUGGAUUUGUAAGAAGGAUAGAAGGUCCGUCUGGACCUCCAGGACCCCGGGGUCCCCCUGGUCUUCCAGGUGUUUGUACUAACAUGUCCUUGAAUACUAUACCUGGCCCUCCAGGACCUCGUGGUCUUCCUGGCUCCCCUGGUGCAGAUGGUCGAGAUGGAAUUCCAGGGACACCAGGAAUGCCUGGUUUUAAAGGAGAGACUGGACCAGCAGGACCAAUAGGGAUGAAGGGAGAUAUGGGCGAGCCAGGACCUAUUGGAUUACCUGGAAUACAGGGUAAAAAAGGGGAACCAGGUAUGGAUGGGAUACCUGGAUCUUCUGGACCCCGAGGAUUUCCUGGACCUCCUGGCCCACCUGGACCACCUUCAAGUCCAAGAGGAAGCAUUUUUGAUUUCGAUGGAUCUUUUUCUUCUGGUAUUUAUGGAGCAUCCGGUGAUGGUUUAUUGGGAUCCUAUGCAGAGAAACCUGGGCCCAGAGGUCCACAGGGUCUGCCCGGAGUUAGAGGUCCUUCAGGUCCAAGAGGAGAAAGAGGUUAUCCUGGUGAAAAAGGAGAGCCAGGCAUCCAAGGAAUUCGAGGAGACAAGGGAUCUGUUGGGCUACCUGGUGCAAAAGGAGACAUGGGACUUCCAGGAUUUGACGGAAUGCCAGGCCUUAAAGGUUCACUUGGAGAAAAAGGACAAAAGGGAGAAAAGGGAGAUGCAGGUCCUCCAGGAGAUGGUGUUCCUGGACCACCAGGUCCACCAGGAUCUAGUUUUUCUGAGGGUGAUUUAGAAUCGAUUAUUGGGCCACCAGGUCCAAAGGGAGAUAAAGGAGACAUUGGAGAAACUGGCAAACCUGGACUCCAAGGAGAACCUGGACUUCCUGGACUAUUUGGAUUAAAGGGUGAGCCAGGAGAAAGAGGAUUUCCUGGAGAAUCUGGACCUGUAGGUCCACCUGGAGAACCUGGACCUGUUGGACCUCCUGGACAAUCUGGAAAGACUAAAGUAGUGACCGUAGAUGGAGUUGUUCAAGUAAUUCAAGAAAAAGGUGAUCGUGGUCGACGAGGCAGGAGAGGAAAACGAGGCCCUCCUGGACGUCCUGGAUUACCUGGAAAACAAGGACCAAUAGGAGAAAUAGGGUUUCCAGGUUUUCCUGGAGGUGAAUAUAUACAGAUAGAGGGAAGGCCUGGUUUGAUAGGAGCACGUGGACAAAAAGGAGAACCUGGUGAUGGUGUAAAAGGAGAAAAGGGUGAAGUAGGAUUACCUGGACUACCAGGACCCGUAGUAUAUGCUGGAACCUUAGAAGAGGACGGUUUUGGAAAUGGAAUUGGAUAUGAUAACAAUAGACUUGCUGUGAAUUACAUUCCAGGGCCUAAAGGAGAAAAGGGAGAAAGAGGUGAAACUGGUCUAAUAGGACCAGAGGGUCCACCUGGACCUCCGGGACCUCUUGGUCAAAGAGGACUUCCAGGAAUACCUGGAAUUGAUGGUCUGAAAGGUCCCCCUGGAGAGGUAGUUGAAGGUUUACCUGGACCACCAGGUCCACCCGGUAUAGGUAGACCAGGGCCUCCAGGUCCACCAGGACCCCCAGGUUUAUCUUACAAUUCCCGAUGGUUGCGGAAUCCUGAUAGUAUAGGAGGAAGAGCUUACAGAAGGAAACGAGCUUUUCAAACUGAAGGAUUUUACUAUAAUCAAGGUCCACCAGGUCCUCCUGGUCCACCAGGACCACCUGGUCGUCCUGGCUCAACUCCAAAAGUGGAUGAUUUAGAUUUAUCAACCAUAGUAUCUGGGGCUGUAACAUUCAGUCACCAGGAGCUGUUGUUAGAAGCAGCCCACAAGAGUCCAAGAGGAACUCUAGCAUUUCUUUUGGAUGAAGAUGCUCUGUUGGUAAAAGUGACACAAGGUUGGCAGUAUAUUGGACUUGGUCCCAUUCUGCCAUCACCUAAAUUAACAACACCAUCAACAACAACUACUACUUCAAGAAGCCCAGGCCCAAUAGAUACCCAUAACUUAGUACUUGAAAACAGUCAAAGGCAUCUUAGGCCACAGAAGAUUGUGUGGCAUGGAUCAGAUCAGUUUGGAAUUCGAGACACGGAGAGCUACUGUAAUGCAUGGCACAGUAGCAGCUUAAUGGAAGAAGGUUUGGCUAGUUCACUCUUGCAGAACCAUCUACUGGAACAAGAAAAAUAUUCCUGUAAUAACUCUUUCAUUGUUCUGUGUGUGGAAACCAUCAGUAGCAAAGACAAUCUGCAGAGGUCAAGAAGAAAUGCUGACCUUAAUACUGUAGCUGACAAAGAAUUAACACUUGAGGAAUACCAGCAACUGUUAGAAAAUAUUGACAGCUGAUGGAAACAAGUUCAAUUUUCUAAUUAAAAAAACUAAUGAUACUAUAGCUAAUUCACACGUUUUGUUGAUGAAAAGGACUGGGCACAAUGAUAGCCUCCAGAGGUUUGGUAUAGUUGAAGAAAAUAGAUUUUAAGUUAGAGCAAAUCCACACUUACAAUGGCCAACUGUUCAGUUAGUCAGGAACCAAAGAGCUUGAAAGUUGCUACAUAUAAUAGAACCCACUGAAGAUGUACCAUCUUCAAGCUAACUGCCUGUAUUAUCAUAUUAAAUUUUUUUAAAUACCUAAUCCCACAAUAUAAAUAGUAACAGAUCGAAGUUGUUCAAGAUCUAAAAAAUUCCAAAACAGCUUGCAUGUUACAUUUAAAGUGAAAAUUUUAAGUAUUACGUUAUGUUUUUUUUAAUUAUGCUGAUGUUGUGAGAAAAAUGUUUUUUUAAGUAAUGGAUCAAACUGUUUUAUGUUUCAUUAUCUUUCACACUUGCAUACUCUUAAUUCAGUGUUGUAGGUCUAAAUAUUCGUGCAAUUUGAGAUAGUUUCACGUUUCAGAUCUAGCAUGUUGUGCUCUUUAUGCUUCUUCAUCGUUAAACCUUUCCUGAACUAAGUGAUUGCUCCCACAUUCAUAAAAAGUACCAUAUAAACGUGUGAAAUUAGAACAGCAUUUUUCAGUUUUACUUUUACCUAUUCAGAAGUUUAAAAGGUACCAAGUAUUAUAUGUGUGUGUAUGUAGUUAGAGCCAGUUUUGUUUAUUGUAAAAGCUUUUUUUUUUUAGAUAAAGAUACAAAUUCUAAACAUAUUACAAACACUAACUUUCUCAACAUGGUGGUACUUAGAGGUAUUAGGAAAAGAAAAUGUACACAUUAUUAGUGUUAAAUUAGAUAAAUUGCAAUGAAUCUAGGGUGAAUUUUUCUUUAAUAAUCUUAUAGAAAGAACUGUUUGUUAUUAGACCACUAGAAGCUUCCAGCUUGAUACUGCUUUACAUAAAAUAUAUCUUGUUCUCACAGUUUGGGGUCUGUUUUAUAAACAUUUCCAAAUAUAAUGUACCUGUCCUUCAUUUUACAAUAUAUCCAUUAAAAGUUUUGUACAUGUAUUUGUUAUCAUGUGGAAUGACUGUUGAAGUUAGAGUACAAGAAUUUAAAACUCAAGAAAACAUUGUGCUUUAUAUAUAUAUAUUAACAUGUUGGCCUGAAGUUUCGAACUUUUUUUUUUUUGUAUUUCUUUACCGAACAGUAACGUAAAAAAAUCCUGAGGGAACAAACUGUUCAUUGAGUGCAGAUAUUUCUUUUUGUUUAUUACUUGUUUAAAGCACAAAUUAAUUCAUUUUAAUGAUUCAGGUCACUGGAAAAAAGGCUAGUCUUAAUCUAUAGUUACAUGCAAAGUAAUGUUCAUAACACAAAUAACUAGUAAAAAAAUGUUGCAAGGAACAAAAAAUAGUGUGCUAAGUUUUUUGGUUCAAUGACCUUCAGGUCCAGAUGAUUGUUGUUUAACCAAAAUGGUUAGUUACUACAAUUACUUCUUUUCUCUUCAGCAAUUUUAAGAACAAAAUGAUGUUUCCUGAUACACUUCUUACGAGUAACCUUCAAACUGGUUCCACAGUUUGGUAAAAUGAAUAACCUACAUAUGGAUGUUUAAUUAAUUAGGUUCGUAUAAUGUUAGAAAGUAGCAACAUGUAAUAAAAACUGAGUCAAAAGUAUUACCAGUAGACUAAAUCAGUACUUACAUCACAGUAGUUUGUGCCAAACAAAGUUAUGUAUUUCAAUAAUUUUUAGUACAAUGUUUGAGAAAAUGAGAUAUUUACUGUGGUAUAUUAUACUUCAUUUGUCUUCCUAUUCAUUGGUUCAUUUUCCAAGUAUUAUAAAGCAUAGUGGAUCUUAGCGUGUGUAUUUGUUGAAUAAAAAAAUUGUUUUAUGUAAUUGUAUAUUUAACAAACAAACAAAAUCAUUAAAACUCGCUGUGUUUUGUCACCAAA